AUGUCUGGCUAUCGCGGACGUAGUACGGAUAGAGGUGGUGGUGAGCGUGGCGGACGGGGCGGACGUGGUGGGUCAGUGGGAUCGGGCACAUCACAACGACCUUCGAGAGCUGAUAUCCAACAAAUCACUCCGGCGAAUUUCGCACAAAUCAUCGACAGGUACCAAGCGGCGUUUCCUUGCGAGAGAUGCGGCGACUUCAACCACAACAUCCUGCAAUGUAGACGAGUGCAACCGCGCUGGCCAAGUUGGCUUUGGCAAAGGAUCAUCGACCUCAACAUAACUGCACAAGCAAAUGCCCAUAUUGCUUCACUUCAACGAGGAGGAAGUGGCCUGACCCCGUACCACGCGUCUCCGCAGAAUAUGGGCUUCAUGGGAAAUUUCGCGCAGCCUCCUACAACCUCAACCUUUGGAUCACAAAGCCAAGGUUUUCAGGGCAAUUUCAGUAACUCGCGAGUCCCUGGUCCGAUGAACCCUCUAAAUGACGGCAUGAACAAUCUUACAGUCGCCGAACCGGCUCGGCAGUCACCCAACAGCCUCAGUCAAGAUGGCUCAGUUCAAGGUCGCGGUCGUGGGGGUUAUCGCGGAGGCACUCAGAGAGGCAAUCGUGGAGGAAACCACGGAAGUUUCGCUGGUACGGCAAGCGCGACCUCCCCAGUAACAUUCGCUGGUGAGCUGAGUUAUCCGCGCUUCCGAACUCUGACCAUCGAAGACAAAACGCCGAAUGGUGUGGGUAGAGAGUGGAAGCUCUCUGAAGCAGUGAAGAAUGCCAAAGAGACUUCCGGUGCGAUCGAGUCACCCACUCAUCCUAUACGUCAAGAUUUCCUCGACCUCAAACCGGAGAGCAAAGUGCUUACAAACCACUUCGAGUAUUCGGUUUCAGCAGACGUAUUCUAUGAGUACAAGAUCAACAACAUCGGGAGCAAAGACAAGAGGAAGACGAAGCUAGUUUACCAGAAAGCUAUCGAAUCUUGGGAGUUCUUGAAAUCACACAGCACUAAAUUGGUCACAAACAACUUUGACUCGAUCGUCGCUUGGCACAACCUUCAUCAACACAUCUUGGAAGAUCCAAUUAGAGGCGACAACGAAUCCACUGGCCUUUGGAAAAUGUCACUUCAAGACGGUACCGGUCAGCUCGAGCUCGAGUUCGAGCUGGUGAGAAAGAUUGACGUCAGUGAUUUCCAACGAUACUCAAACGCGGAUCCUCAGCAGGAGAAUCAAAGCUUUGACGUCAUAGCUCGGUGCCUGAAUCUCGUCAUCUCGAAGACAUUUGAUGACAGCAAGCUUUACCGCCAGUCUGCCAAUAAAUUUUUCGUCAAAGACGCGAGGUCUCUACUCCGCUCAGGAGAUGAAUCGUCUCAAUCUCUCGAGAUCGUACGCGGCUAUUAUUACACUGUCAAACCCGGUACAGGAUGCAUCAUUCUCAACUUCAAUCUGGCAACUAGUGCGUUCUUCAAGCCCAUUCUCGUCAGCAACUUUCUCCAAGAUACCAAGACCUUUGGUGGUCACCAAGAAGACAACCUCAAAGGUCUCCGAGUGUUUGUCGUAACCGACAGACGCAGGAUCCCAGGCGAAGAAGCAAACUAUGAUAAGCUAAAUAGUGCCAGUAGCCGAACCAAGAAGGUCAACUUCAUCGGCCCCGCCCUUAGCACUCUGACAUUCCAGAUGAGGGUGAAGAAUACCGACGGAACAUUUGCCAAGAAUCUCGAUGGAUCUUACAGAAAGACGGGAAAUCACAUCAACGUCGUGGACUAUCUUAGAAACACCUUCGGUCAUACAGGCGACGCAACGUGGAAAGCUAUCAACUGUGGUACUGAGAAGGAACCUGUAUGGUAUGCCCAGGAGCAACUCCAGAUUCUUCCAUGGCAGAUCUACCGACGUCCGGUUCCAGAAAAGUUCACCAGUGGGAUGGUCCAAGAGGCUGCAAAAAAGCCUGAUGAGAGUCGAGCCCUCAUCGAGAACGAAGGACUACGGAGCCUGGGAUUCGAUCAGCAAAGUAUUACGAGCGCUCUAUUCAGCAACGUUGGAAACAGUAGCGAAGUACCGAUUCAAAUUGUUCCCACCAUGAUGCAAGUUCCCUGCCAAAUACUCCGAUACCCACUACCGUCUUACAAGACCGUCACAAACGAUGCUAUCAAUCCCAGUGAACCUAUACCAGUGACGCUCCCGGCGGCUGGUGGAGCUCGUUGGAAAGUUCCUCCCAAUUCUGUCUUCUUUUCGACCAAGCCAAAAGCCUUCAAGUUUGGCUUCCUCCGCAUCCGAAAGGAUCCGUUACAAGAUCGUCAGGACGAGUUCGGCAAGACGUAUCAAGUUUACCCAAGAGAGCAACAUAAAUUCGCCGUGGACGAUGAUUCGGUUACAAAGUACUCCGAUGAGAUCGAACGACAGCUGAAUCGGUGUGGACUCACUGCUACCGACAUCGACCUUCAGCUUCCUACUGCUCUUCAAGACCUUGAAAUCCGCGAUCUAGAAGCUGCUCUGCAGACUGCCAAAGACGACGCUUACGAUCUGGUCAUCCUCAUGUUACCGAAGCCGAACGUAGGCAUAUACUCACGAUUCAAGACUUUAGCUGAGAGGGCAUCCGGCCUCCAAUCGGUCGUUGUUGUGAGCAAGUUUUCGGCCCCGGACAAAAACUACCUCCUUACAGAAUGCAUCACCAACAUCAUGAUGAAGAUUAACCUCAAGCUAGGCGGCUUCACACAUUCGGUAAAGGACGUUCAGUCGUAUCUGUCACAGCAGGAUGUUAUGGUGCUUGGUGCUGAUGUAGUUCAUGCGGGACCAAGUGCAUUCGACGGCUGCCCAUCUAUCGCUUCGAUAGUCGGAUCUGUGGACUACUCAGCGGGUAGAUGUCUUGGCUCUGCACGCCUGCAGCGUAUCGAGAAGGAAGCGAAAGAUGACAAAGGCAAUGCGAAGCCUGAGCAGAUAACGGAUCGAGAGAUCAUCCAAGAGGUCGAAGCCAUGGUUACCGAGCGGCUCAAGGACUGGAUACGCCACAGCGAAAAGAAGACCCUGCCCAAAAACAUCCUGUACUACAGAGAUGGUGUCAGUGCAACCCAGUACGAACAAGUCAAGUUGAAAGAACUGCAAGCUAUCCGCGACGCUUACAGUGGGCUGGCGAACAAGCUCGGUACGACUUCCGAGGUGAGCCUGACUGCGGUAGUCGUCACGAAACGUCACCACACACGUUUCUACCCAAUGUCACAGAAAUUGCCAGACCCUAAGCCAUGGGAGAAGAAGCCGACCUACUCGGAUCGCGACACAUUCGGCAACUGCAACACGAAGCCUGGUCUGUUUGUGGAUCAACUCGUCACGUCUCCAUACUACCAAGACUUCUUCCUGCAGUCUCAUUCAGCUAUAAAAGGAACGGCGAAGCCCACUCACUACUUCAUCCUGGAGGCUGGAAUCGAGGGCUUGGAUCUGGAGAAGUUGCGCGAUCUGACUCAUGCUAUCUGUUUCUCCUACGUCCGCGGAACAGUCGGUGUAUCCUACGCCUCGCCUACCUACUACGCCGAUCGCCUAUGCGAACGCAGCCGCACUUACAUGCGUCGAUACUUCGUCAAGACUGAAGACGUCGCAGGCCCAGGUAACCUGGAAGCAGCUCUCGCGUCGGAGAAGCACCGCCUUGAGCAACAUUGUACGACAUUGCUUGACUCACUCUACCCGAAGAACCGACAGUUCGCCGACAAGAAAGACGAAAAGAAGCACUUCAAGGACAGGAAAGCAACAGAGGCUGAUCAUCGAAGGGAGAUCGUGCUGGGUCUGAGGAGGUUCGUGUUCGAGAAGGUCGAAGAUGACUUCUACAAGUUCAAAGACCAGACUGUGGAUGGGAAGCCGUGGCUCAAUCCUUGGGAUCCGUGUCUGAGGGACACGAUGUUCUGGAUGUGA